UCCACGUUAAGUAAUCUGACACCCAAAAGCCUCCAGAGCAGAAGGAUGGACCCUUAACUCGGCUGGAAGGACGGAAGGAAGGAACAGUCAUCCAACGAGCGCAAGCGAGAGGGACCGAGCAGAAGCGAAACGCUGAGCGCAAAAAACAACCCCGUGGCUGCGGCAGCGGAGGAGAGCUGGGUCCCUGCGCGUCUCCAUAAUAACUGGCCGUCCGCCUCAAAUGGUGUCACAGCGACAAGUUUCACUUUCCACAUGCGGAUGGAUGACUUUCCACGGCGCUUUGUGAGGAGGAGAUGAUGAAGAAUUUCAGCAGCAGUCCCCUUCACAGCAACAAACAGACUCCCAACCACGUUAGAGAGCGAAACAACAGAAAGUACAGCUUACUCUCUGCUAUACCGUUGCGGUUUUCCUUGCGAGGUUAUGGUUUCUGCAUGGCUACGCUGUUCUUCUUCUGCUUCGGCUCCCUUUUUUACCAGCUGAACGGAGGACCCCCUAAAAUCCUGCUGGACAUUCGACAGUAUCUCGGUAAAUCCACAUAUUUGGAUGACCACGGACCCACUGCUCCAAGAGUGCUACCGUUCCCCAGCCAGGUGGUUUAUAACCGUGUGGGGAAGUGCGGCAGCCGGACGGUGGUCAUCUUGCUGAGAUUACUGGCUGAGAAACACCAGUUCAACCUGGUCUCCUCUGACAUCCACAAUAAAACACGUCUCACGAAACAUGAACAGGUGGAUCUCAUGAAGAACAUCAGUAAUAUCCCUCAGCCAUUCCUCUACACACGGCAUGUUCACUUUCUCAACUUUACCAGGUUCAGGAUAGAGCAGCCAGUCUAUAUCAACAUAAUCCGGGACCCCAUCAACCGGUUCCUCUCCAACUACUUCUUUCGUCGCUUUGGUGACUGGAGGGGUGAGCAGAACCACCUUAUCCGCACUCCAGGGAUGAAAGAUGAUGAAAGAUACCUGGAUAUCAAUGUGUGCAUUCUAGAGAACUACCCAGAGUGCUCCAACCCCAGAGUUUUCUACAUCAUUCCCUACUUCUGUGGACAGCAUCCUCAAUGCAGGGAGCCAGGAAUAUGGGCUCUGGAGAGGGCCAAACAGAAUGUUCAGGAGAACUACCUCCUUGUAGGUAUACUGGAGGAGCUGGAGGAUGUUCUGCUCCUGUUGGAGAGGCUCUUACCUCAUUACUUUACUGGAGUACUCAACAUCUACAAGAGCCCUGACUACAAGAAGAUGGGGAACAUGACAGGCACAGUCCGUAAACAUACACCCACUCUGGAGGCCCUGCAGGUGCUGUACCACCGCAUGCGCUACGAGUAUGAGUUCUACAACUUCAUCCGAGACCAGUUCCACCUCAUGAAGAAAAAAAUUGGCCUCAAGUCUGUCUCCCAACCCCCCGCCCACUCACCCGCUUUCCUACGAGAGCUGGCCCUCCGAACCCCAGAGCCUCUGGAUGAAGACGAGGAGCUGGACACAGACCUGGAGGAUGCCAACAGCUGGCUGGUUCAUUCCUAAAGACUGUUUCAUGAACAGUGGAUGUAGCCCGAAAGAGCUUGUUGGCUAGAAUUGGCUGGAGAUAGCAGGAGGCAGCCUGAGGGCAAAGGGGAGCGUUCCCCGUCCUUCAGCAUUCCUAAGAAAAGUGAGGUGUGUUUAGGGGUGUGUGGAUAGUGAUGCUCGUGUUUUGACGGGCUCUGUUUUCCAUAUGCAGUAGACUCCUAUCAUGACAGACUCAGCACUGAGGACUAUAGGGUUGAGUAAUUGGAAGGACAAAAUGCUCUAUUUAAAAAAUUGACCAAGGACAGUGGGAAAUAAUGUUAUGCUCAAUUUGCUUGACUCAAGUUUUGUUUUAAUUUGAGCUUGUUUUUGGGUUAAUUUAUGUAAAAAACAAAGCAUCAUUGCUGUUAUCUCCAGGAGAGAUUAGUGCAAGAUGAUAUUCGAAAUGUUGGUCGCUGGGGGUGUUUACUGUAGGCAAAAACUUCAGAAACUUAGUCCAAGAAAGAGCUUCAUACUCCAUGAAAGGGGUUAAUGUCCUAAAAGCUGGAAUGGGAAAUGGUAUACACGAAUAAAAAAGUACCAAAACCCCUUUUUUGUAUUAGUUGUCUAGGACUGUUGUAAGUGCCAAACCUUGCUAACCCCCAAUUUCCACCGGUUGCGGAACGUCUGCAGAUCCGCUCCGGAACGGCGGCGGAGUCAUUAGGUUUCCAUUAAAGUCAGUGUGUGUAUUUCCACUGACUUCAGAACGGCUGCGUUCUGACUCCGGCACAACUCCGGCGAUCCUCAGCCCUCCGCAGCAGAUACGCAGAGCUUCUAUUUUUGCCGGAGAACUCCGCAGCAAUUCAGCACACGGCAGAUAGUGCGGGACAGGAAGUCGAGCACAGAAACAAAAUAAAA